AUGGUGGGAUUUUACGUCAAAACAAUCGCCAACAGUGGUGGAUCAUCCUCUAGAUUUCAAGAGAAGGAAAGAAGCAGUAAGGACACCAAGGUUCUUCAAGAUCUUUUCUCGGGAGAACUGGACGCCCUGGAUUCCAGGCUAAUUGAGUUUGUGAGGCAUAGAAUGCUCUAUGCACCUACUAGGAGGCCUCGAAAGCUUAAGACACCCGACAAAAUCCAUUAUUCGCAAAACGGACAAAGUCGUGUGGUUGAUAAGUUGCUACACCAACGACGGCACGGUUUCUUUGUGGAGGCCGGCGCUUGGGAUGGGGAGGAAAACAGCAACUCUUUAUUUUUUGAAAAAUAUCGCAACUGGACCGGAAUACUGAUAGAACCCGACCCCCUAAACUUUGAACAACUUGUCAUGAAAAACAGGGAGGCAUUUGUGGUCCAAACUUGCCUCACGAGUAAACCCAUGUGGCUGGACUUUACGUUAUCCAGCAGACCAGAUAGUGGGGCGAUCAACCCAAUAGACAGCAGAAUAAAUGUUAAGGGAAAGAGCAAAUUACUUUGCCUGCCGAUCCAGACGCUUUUAAGCACCAUUGGACGGACACACGUGGACUUCUUUUCCCUCGACAUAGAGGGAGCAGAACUGGAGGUUCUCCAAGCUUUCCCGUGGGAUAAAAUAACGGUCGAUAUGUGGACAGUCGAAGUUCAUCAGCGUACCAAGAAUUACAGUCAGGCUUUAUUAGAUAUUAGAAGGGUUUUUAAUCGAACCGGGAUGUAUAAAGAAGUACAGCCACUUGGACAAGAUCUACUGUUUGUGCGAAAAGAUGUCCACUAA